UUACCGCGUGCAAACUGGGAUGUGCCAGUGCCAGCAGUCAUAUUCCCACCAUCAACGGAAUGGUAUAACAAAUUCUGAUCGUUAAUAUGUAAUCCAACCGAACGUAAUUAACAGUGAUUCUGUUCAAAAUGCAAAUACAGUACUAUUUCUUGGCAUUCCUCGCCGUUUACUCGUUUGUUACGCUGCUACUGUUUCAUUAUGUGUAUCAAACAUCGCAACAGAUCGUAGAUGAAGAGUUCCAUUUGCGUCAGGGAAAGCAUUUCUGUCAAGGCAGAUUCCACAUCUGGGACCCAAAAAUCACUACAUUCCCGGGCCUAUACCUGGUCUCUGCUUUGUUUCUUAGCCCGUUCAAGGCAUGCUCGGUGUAUGCACUUCGUCUCACCUCGGUAGUUGCAUCCAUUGUCAAUGCCUACUUCAUUUUCGUCAUUCGAAAGACUGUAGCCGGAAAACGAACAGAUGCCCGAGUGCUGCUCGAAUCGGUAUCGCUGGCCACACUACCUCCGUUGUACUUUUUCUCCCACCUGUACUACACGGAUGUCCUGUCCGUCACAAUGGUGCUGAUGAUGGUCUACUUUGGCCUAAAAGAGAAACACAAUUUGGCCGCUUUGCUGGCAUUUCUGGCCGUGCUGAUGCGUCAGACCAAUAUCGUGUGGGUUGUGUUUUUCCUGGGUUGGCAGGUUUCGGAUUUGGCCAUGAGAUUGUGUCUACCAAACGCUGGUCAUCGCUAUAAACUAAAGGACCUUUUCGACACUAUAAGAAUACUUUUGACGACACCUCGUUUGCUUUAUCGGGUUCUAAUUCGGUCGUGCUUUUUCUAUUUUGGAUUCAUUCUGAAUUUACUCGCAUUUAUGGUAUUUCUGUACUGGAAUGGAUCGAUCGUAGUUGGAGAUAAAACCGCUCACGUCGCAGCUGUGCAUUUACCUCAGAUUUUCUAUUUCUCCUUAUUCUUUGCUACAUUUAGCAGUUCAGUGAUUUUCACCAUGAUCCGACGGAUGGUUCGUUUCGCAAGCAAAAAGUGGUACAUCACGGUGAUCGGAUUGGCCCUUUUUAUCUGGGUUAUUCAGCAGAACACUAUAGUCCAUCCCUACCUGCUAGCCGACAAUCGGCACUACACUUUUUACAUAUGGAAUCGUUUCUUCGGCCGCUGGUGGUUCGCGCGCUACCUACCUAUUCCGUUCUACUACGGUGUCGUUGUUCUGCUAGGAUUUCUAUUGUUUGCACAGCAUAACGGCCAACAACCGCCAGUUGGUUUCAGUAUACUAUGGGUGGUGGCUUCCCUUGGUUCGGUAGCUCUUCAGCAAUUGAUUGAAGUUCGAUAUUUUAUUCUACCUUUUCUGGUGCUAAGAUUGAUCCAAAGUAACGUUCGGCCCUCGAAAAAAUUGCUAGCCAUGGAAGUGGCGUUAAACAUUGCGAUCAAUGGAUUGAUAUUCUACGUAUUUUUCACCAAAGAAUUCUACUGGAACGACUACGAAGAAGCGCAGCGUGUGAUAUGGUGAAAUGGAUUCUCAUUGCCGUUUUAACAACUGUAAAUAUAGGUAACUGAAAGAAUA